UUCAAAUUAUCAUGAUUUCUAUGAAGUCACACAAAGCUGUCGUGACUUAUAUAAUCAGUGGAAAUUUUGAAUUUUUACCUUAUGUAAGAAGCUUCCCAUUCCAGUGCCUGGGGAUUGCCUGGGAACCGCACAGAACUUCCCAUCCCGGCAGAAGCCAAGCACCCCAGAUUCCAGGUCUUCUCUUCCACCAACAAGACCAGGAAACCAGCAGAUCCAGGUGACUCUCAGCCAUGAAGACACUUGUCCUCCUCUCUGCCCAUGUCCUGCUGGCCUUUCAGUCCCUGGUAGAUCCUCUGCCAGAAGCAACUGAGGAGGCUAAAAAUGAGGAGCAGCCAGGAGUAGAGAACCAGGAUGUGUCCAUCUCCUUUGGAGGCCCAGAAGGCUCUGUUCUUCAAGCUCAAGGAUUUCUGGAGCUUGGCCAAGACCUUGUCUGUGAAUCUCUGCAUCUGCUUCUAUCAGUUACUGGACAAGGGCUCUCUUAUGACAAUGAGGAUACUCACCAAUCUGAUUACAAGAGAUGGCCAGUUCAGACUACCUAGCCACUAUUGCUAGGAGUCAUAGCUGGGGCCAUCCUUGUAGAUUUGUGGUCCUUUUCCAUGCACCAGAUUUCUACCUGGCCCCCAAAUAACCCCUUGAAUAUCAAAAUUCCUCUUUCAUUUCUCCUUCUAACCUACCCUGAUCCCCAAUGUACCCAUCCCUACCAGCCCCCAGUUAUCCUAGGAGGUCUCUUCUAUUUCCUCUUCCCAGGACAAUCCAUGUGUCUCCCCUUGGGUCCUCCUUGUUACCUAGCCUCUAUAAAGCUCUGGAUUGCA